AUGACGACGGAAUUUUCUCGUUUAGAUAGUGCUCUGAACGUGGCAAAGGCGAUGGCUCAAGUGGCAGAGGCCUCAAACCCUAACUUCGAAGGCCUUCUAGACAAAAUGGGGAGCAUCGUACCGCUGAUGAAACAUCCAGAUAUUCGUGUGAAGCUAGCUCUUGGCAGAAAUCUCAGGAGGAUAGAAGAGCGUGCCCCAGAGAGACUCUAUCGGAUUGACCCGGAGGGUUGGAGGCGUGCACUUGAGAACGCAAGAGCACUGGAGAUGGAUCACCCCCACGACGUUCAGUACCAGGAAGUGGUGGAGAUCUUGGAGGUGAUCCUCGGAGAAGACCCAAGUGUCUUCAGGAGAAGGUUAAGUCCGAGACACAAGGAGGGCUCUGGUGGACCUGCUGGUCAAGUGGUCCUUCAGGUCAGUCAGCCUUUGGAAUCUGACACCAGAACGGCCUUGCUCCCCAAGGUGCUCCAGAUUGAUGGUGUGGUAAGCGUCACUUUCGAGGAAGGCUACAUCAUCGUGGCAACACGAUUUGUCUCUACGGCUGAUCCUGGGUUCUUGUCAAAGCUGCUUCUCAGUUGCAAAGCUGGCUUCUUCAUCCAUCGUGUGGCAAGUCGGCGUUUUCCCAGCCUCGCGGUCGAUGGCCACCUGAGGAGAACACGAUGCCGUUUGCCUGUGGCAGUGGACAUUACAGCAAGCUUCGUGGAGAUCAUGCUGAACGACGCAUACCUCAACCCAGAUACAGAGGCUCCGCGAGCAGACAACGAGUUGAGGCUGAUGUACGCAAUGGCUGUUAUCCGGCUCGUGAACGGAAUCGUGGACAGAACGCGCCAACAGAAGUCCAGCAUUCUAGAGCGUGCACAAGGACUUGAAUGGCCACAGUUCUUCGUUGACCUACGACAUGAAGCUUCUCACCAGAAUUUGCCUUCCCUGCCGAUUCUGCGGUUGGCAGCCCAGGAAGCAGUGUGGUUGCUUGUGGAACGCUUUUGGCGUCCGCAGCUACAGCAAAUAGAAGAAAGAGGUGCGGCAAAGACACAACGGAUGGAACGAGUGAGAGGUUCAAGGACUUUGGAUCGAAGACUCAAGGCAUUGAUCUCUUCGAUCACUGCAGCCGGAAGCACACUUACUCAUCGAGCACCGAAGAAAAGGAAACGUGCAAAGUUGACUGAAACUCUGCGAGAAGAGGAGCCAGAGGACCACGCUGAGAUGAAGGCAGAACAUGCCUCCGCGCUUGUGCAUGAGACAGCAAAGGAGCUGUCAUCCCUGGCUCCUGACGAAGGGCGCCUGUUGGCACGACUCUUUGACACAGUCAUGAAGAAGGACCCACAUCCUGACCAACGAGAAGCGAAAGCUUUGCAACUUCUUUGUGAGACAUGUUCUGAGAACUUUGCUCUUCGCUUCAUGCGGGAAGUUCUCUUCAGAGCAGUUGGGCUCCAAACACCGAACCGGGACGUUGCACCUGACAAUUGCCCUAGCUUGAGGAACAUUUGUGAUCGAUUUGACUCUGAGCCGGGUUUGGACAUGGAGGAGGCUUCUCCUGAAGAAUCUGAGAAGAUGAUGCUUUGGCUGUGGUCUUUGCUCUCAUUGCCACAGCCAGAAGAUGCACAAAGAAGCAGGCUGCAGCAGGCGUUGCGCAGCCUCCUACCUGCUUUGCGGCAUCGGAUGCUCAAGCAGAUGGCCGGAAACUCUGAGAUGGCAUCCCGUGCCUCCACGCUCUGGCGGGCGCUCCAAAGUGAGAGCAUUGAUGAUGGAGCAGGGCUGUUUGCCUCUCUGUGUGAGGUGCUGGAUAGUGCUGAUAGUCAGCAGGAGGGAAAGGAGCACCCUCGUGAAGGACUUUUGAAGAUGGAAGACGCGCUGAGAAGGAUUCAGAACAAAGAAUCUGAGCCUGGGCAGCAUCCAGCAGACUCAUGGACGGCAGUCGGUACACUCCUGGAUCUAGACACAUUGAAUGUUGUUUGUCGCCAGGAGCACAGUGACGAAGUUCGUCUUCCGCCUAUGGCCAUGCAGACCUGGCUUGAUUGGGCAGCGACCGAGUCAGAUCAGCCGUGCUAUCCUGAUCUCCUUGACUUCUCGUCUCAAGCACCUCCUGCUGAUGGAAAUGGUGGCACACUUUUCUCGGAAACUCUAGAUUCGAUCGUUGAAGCCGGCACCGGUGAGGUGAAGGCAGAUACUGUCGAGCCCAAGAAAACUGAGACCUGCGAUUCUGCACCGAUCUUUGAGAGCGAAGGGUCAUCCAAAGAGGUCAGAGAUGCCAUCACCAAAGAGCGUUUCCAGCUAUUGGCCCAAGAGUUGAUGGAGCAAGUCACAGCAAGUGCUGACAGCAAGUGCUGA